AUGUCUGAGGUGGAUGCUCAAGAAGAGUUUCACGACGCCCCGGAAGAGGCAGUCAUUGAAAUUCAGAAAGAGUUCGUCGCCGAGAUCGAGCAGGAUAAUAGCAAUGCUCAACCAGCCGGUAAGCCAGGGUGCGGUAGUGUAAAAUUUUCAAGUUUGAAUAAUUCAGAGGAAGGAGACGAGCAACUUGUGACCGCUGAAGCCGACGAUGAGAAGAGUGCUCAGCAAGUUGAUGAGGACCGUACUGAAGAUCAGGUCCCCGAUAUCACUGGAACGGAGUACGUGGACCCAAUGACAACAAGCAUGGACGGAAUUGAAGAUCUUCCAGCCAACGAGGAGACUCAGUUCGAAGACACAAUCAUCGAGGAAGACGAACUCCCCGAUCAGCUAGAGUCAGCGGAACAUCAGGAGCCGCGCUCAGAGGUUAUUUCCUCCGUUAUCGAAGAGGAAAUAAUUGAGGAGGAAGAGAUUGAGGAAAGCGAACCAGUAAGUUUAAAACAAUCAACAUUUACUUAUCAACACUUUGCUAAUCAAUCCGUCGAAGAAUCAGCUCCAGCUGCUGACGAGCCAGCCGCGGAGGAAGCUGCUCCAGCCGAGGAUGCUUCAGCUGAGGAAGCUGCACCAGAGGAGGCUGCUCCAGCUGAAGAAGCUGCUCCAGCUGAGGAGGCCCCAGCUGAGGAGCCAGUUGCCGAAGAAGCAGCUCCAGCUGAGGAAGCUGCUCCAGCCGAGGAGCCAGUUGCUGAGGAAGCUGCUCCAGCCGAAGAUGCUCCAGCUGAGGAAGCUGCUCCGGCUGAGGAGCCAGUUGUGGAGGUCGCUGUUGAGGAAGCUCCGGCUGAUGAGCCAGCUCCAGCUGAGGAGACUGAGCCAGAAGCUGAGAAGCAAGAGUUCGAGCUUCAAGCUCCACCAGAGGGAAAGCGUCCACGCACUCCAAAUGACUUGGACACUCCAGCUGCUGAUGAGGAGCCAGUUGCCGAAGAGGCUGAUGCCGCUUCCGAGGUGCCACCAACUCCAAAGACUGCUGCUUCUGAGAAGCAAUCAGUCCCAGCCACACCAAGAUCGGCUGUGCCAUCCGAGGUUCCAGCUACACCAAAAUCAGCUGCUCCAUCGGAGGUUCCACCAACUCCAAAGUCUGCGGCACCAUCGGAAGUGCCACCAACUCCGAAAUCGGCAGCUCCAUCAGAGGUUCCACCAACCCCAAAAUCAGCUGCGCCAUCGGAGGUCCCACCAACUCCAAAGUCUGCUGCUCCAUCAGAUGUGCCACCAACUCCGAAGAGCAAUGGACAUAUCGCUAAUGGAAGCAUCCCAGGAACACCAUCGGUUGCUCAAGAAAGCGCCAAGGCUACUCCAGCAGCCACACCAGCUGCUACGGCCACUCCAGCCGCCACGGCUACCCCAGCAGCUACUGGAACUCCAAAAGCUAACACUGCUUUCAACUUUGAGGAGACUCCAGCCACUCCAAAGUCUAGCGUACCAGCGACACCAAUUGAUUCCAACUUGACCACUCCAGCUGCACCAAAGACACCAAAGACACCCAAAACCCCACGUACCCCACGCACGCCACGCACUCCAAAAACACCAAAAACUCCGGCAGUUGCUGAGCCAGAGCCAGAACCAGAAGCAGUCGAGGAGGAGCCAGCCGCAGAGCCAGAGCCAGAGCCAGAGCCAGCAGCUGAAGAAGCCGCUCCAGAACCAGAACCAGUUGCUGAGGAAGCCGAGCCAGAAGCCGCUGAGGAACGACAAGAGCCAGAGCCAGUCGCCGAGGAGGCCGCUCCAGAGCCAGAAGCUGUCGAGGAGCCAAUCGAAAAGACCGAGGUCACUGAAGAAGAAUCUGCUCCACCAGCAGCCGCUCGUCAGUCGUCUCCAUCUCCACCACCAGCUCGCCGUCGCGCCCAAUCACCAUCUCCGGAACGAAAACGCCAGUCUCGUCAUGCCGACCGUGACAUCACCAGCUAUGAUGAGGACUCGUACAGAACCGUUCCACCAUUAAGAAUCCCAGCGGCCACUUCGUUCUCCUCGUGGAGUCCACCAGACAAGCAGACCUACACCCCAAUCAGCCCAUUCGUCAGCACUGCCAACAAAUACCGCAACGAGUAUACCUCGGGUACCAGCUACCGCCCAAGCAACAUCUACACUUCUCAUUUCGACGAUAUUGUGGCUACUGGAGCUUUCUCAUCGGCACUUUAUUCCACAACCCGUUUGAUUGAGAGAUCGCGUAGUCGUACUCGUGAACGCAAACAAGCUAUGAGAUCACAGAGAUCUGCUUCCAACUAUUACAGAUACGUUUCCCAAUACCCAGCACCAACCCGUGCUCGUGAGUACUCCACCCCACCAACCCGCGCUAUCAGCCGUCCACCAAGCCGCAACUCCAGCUUCAUCUCCUUCCUCGACUACUCGGAUUCCAAGCAAGGAGAGCUCUCCCGUGCCGCCUCUCGCACCUCCAUCUACGGAGACUCCCUGUCCAGAAGCACAUCUCGCGCCAACGUUGAUGCCUAUUUGGGUGGUGGAAGACUUUCUCGUGUUGAUAGCUACGUUCGUGAUAUCCACACUCCAUACGAGUACGAGGUUCCAUCAACUUACGAGAGAUACCGCUCAUCUUCCCGUGGACCAUCUUCUUAUUCUACUGGAUAUACUCGUAUAUUCAGACAGAAAUUCGACCUUGCCUAUACCCCAUCCACAAGAUACCAGAGAGAAACCAGCCCGGCAAUGGUCCGCAGCAUGUAUGAGGGACGCAUCGGACAACUCGAAAGAUCGCUGUCUCGUGAGGUGAUCCAGAAAGACAGAUUGCGCUCCGAGUACCAACAGUUGUCAUCGAAACUUGACCAGGCUGUCCGUCAAAUGGAAUUGCUCAGGUCUAACUCAUACAGCAGCUAUCGUGGACAAUCACUUCCCCGCACUAGCGUCUACUCCCACUUCUAUCCCCCGUAUACACCUCCCAGUAUGGAAGAUCAUCGACUGACAAAUCGGUCGGACAUUCGGCGCUCCAUAGCUUAUACUCUGGAUUUGCGCGCGACUGGGCUACCUACAACUGAGCGAUGGCGCCUGGGAAAUGUUGUAUAUGGUGGUUUGUAUCGCAAGAAAAUCGAUCCAGAGCUUGAAAAAGCCGUUCAAUAUUAUAGUUCCUGUGCUAAAAGAAGAAGAUCCUAA